AUGGGUCUAUUGUUGCUUAAGGGAAUUCUUUUAAUGAUAUCAGAUGCAGGUUUGUGUAAAACAGUUUUUAAAACCUCUUCAACGGCUGGCAAAAUUAACUUCUCUCCGAUAGUAUGCGGUUUUCCGGAUUUUGCUAUAAGUAACGAGAUAUUGUAAGACGCCCGCAAACCAUCAUCAUUUCUUUGUGACGUUGAAGCGAACAUUCUGUCCAGUGUAG